GUCUGUGUAGGAGAGCGAGUACAAAACUCAGCCGCGCGACAGAGGAGUCGUUCAGAAGCUCCUCGGAUGUCAUGGACGUCAGGCCUCUCUAGCUCCUCCCGCACCUGCUCAGCCAUGAUCAACACCUACCAGACGAGCCUGGCGCCGCCGCCCGUGCCUCCGCGCGACAACAGGCCCGUCCUCAUCCAGGCGCCGCUGCCGUCCAGGGGCCACAGCAAGCCGCUGAUCCGGUUUUUGGUCUGCGUUGUGGUGGCGCACCUGUUUCUGUCUCUGGCAGCGUUUGUCUAUCUGUACCUGAAACACCACACGGAAAAGUCGGUUCAGACUGAGGAAAAAGGUGGGAUGACUGGUUUGGACUCCAGAUCUUCUUCUCUAUCAUCUGAAAAGAGGCAAACAUCCACCAGAGUUUCAGCAAACAUGGUGAUCGACAAGCGGGUCACUCAACCAAAGAAAUCAGCGGGCCAUCUUGAGUGGGACAUGAAAAACUCGGCUCUGAAAAAGAUCGGGUACUACGCCAAAAGCUGGCUGACUAUAGAACAACCCGGUGAUUACUACGUCUACUCCAGGGUGACUUUCUCCAGGGGCGACCCCGUGCAUCCUCUGGUCAGUAUGGUCAAGCUGAGAAAAGACAAAAAUGGAGAGGAGAGGGUCGCGAUGCAGGCCUUCUGCUCCCUGGACAGUGGCGAUCCGUCGAUCCCCAACAUGUGCACGGCCUCGCAGGGAGGACUGAUCACACUGGAAACAGGCAACCAACUCGGUGUCUGGGUGCACAACCUCUCACUCGUGGACUAUGUGGAAACCACAACAUCAUUUGGGAUGUACAAGGUAUGGGACUCCUGAAGGGACAUAUGGACCAAAGCUAAGUUUUCCUUUUUUUUUUUGUUUUCUUCAAGUUGGAUGUACUCGAAUCUACAUCUACUGAGAACACUUUUAUUAAAAAAAUCUGUUGUAUGGAUUUGAGAGGAACCCUCUGAAACUAUAAUUUAUUAAGUCAGAUGUGCCAUUUGCAUUGUGGUUGAUUAUUUUCUAUUUAUUAUUUGUAAUUAGGAUGAAAACUGUAUUGUUUUAAGUGUAAAACAUUUCAACACUUGUGUUUUGUAUCUGAUCCAUUUGAGGUGUUUGUUCCAAAGGAAAUAUGAAAAACUGAUUAAAACCCUCGCUUAUC